GUGUGUGCAAGUGAGUGAGUGCUCUCUUAGAUCUGAUGGUCCAUCAGUAUUAACCCCUUUUCCUUUUCCUUUUCCUUUUCUCCAGAAAAAAAAGAAAAGAAAACACCCAUACAAACCAAAAAAGAAAAGAGAAAAAGCCCCCUCCUCUUCCCACCUUAUUAUUAUCAGCUACAUAUCUAUCUAGUACUUGCCCAGUUGUGUAACCAGCAAAAAGAUUAACAAUGGGAGAGGAAGAGAAAAAGGCAGAGGAGAAGAAACAAGAGGAAGUGAAGAAAGAGGAGCCACCAAAAGAUGAAAAGCCAAGCGGUGGCGAAGAAAAGAAAGAGGAAAAAAAGGCAGAUGUAGAAUCCAAAGAGGCAAAAGCAGAACCACCACCACCACCCCAAGAAAUUGUUUUGAGAGUUUUCAUGCAUUGUGAAGGUUGUGCUCGUAAAGUCCGCAAAUCCCUCAAAGGAUUCCCAGGAGUUGAAGAUGUGUUGACGGAUUGCAAGACACAUAAGGUAGUAGUGAAAGGGGAAAAAGCAGAUCCAUUGAAGGUGUUAGAGAGAUUACAAAAAAAGAGUCAUCGCCAAGUAGAGCUUCUCUCUCCAGUCCCUAAGCCACCGCCCGCAGAAGAGCCCAAGAAACCAGAGGAAAAAGAAGCCGUUAAACCUGAAGAGAAAAAAGAGGAGCCCCAGGUGAUCACAGUGGUUCUGAAAGUUCACAUGCAUUGUGAGGCUUGUGCUCACGAAAUCAAGAGGCGUAUACAAAGAAUGAAAGGCGUGGAGAAUGCAGAACCAGACUUGAAAAACUCACAAGUGACAGUGAAAGGUGUGUUUGAGGCAACAAAACUGGUGGAUUAUGUAAGCAAAAGGACCGGAAAACGGGCAGUAAUCGUUAAAGUAGAACCCGAAAAGAAACCCGAGGAGGAGACGAAGCCCAAAGAAGAGAAAAAACCCGACGAAAAAGAAGCGAAGAAAGUUGAAGAAAACAAAGAGGAGAAGAAGGAAGAACCAGCAGGGGCACCAGCUAAAGAAGAAGCAGCAGCAACACAAGCUAAAGAAGAAACUGUUCAAAACGACGACACAAAACUAGAAUUGAAUAAAAAUGAGUUUUACUAUUAUCACCAUCCUCAGAAUCAUCAACUGGAUAAUCCUCAAAGGUUUGCACAUGAAAUGUAUGCAUACCCGCCACCUCCACAGAUUUUCAGUGAUGAAAAUCCUAAUGCAUGUUCUGUGAUGUAAAUUUGGAGUUACGUGAAGGGUAGAAACGGAAAUGUUAGCUCUUGUUGUGGUGCUCUUCAUGUGAAAGGUCUUGGGACUCGCUAAGUUACAACUGAUCUACCAGACAAAUACUGUGGAAUUUUGUGAGCCCUUUGUACUUUUUUUUUUUGUUUUCUUUAUUAUGAUCUUGUUGUUAUAUACUCCCUAUAUGUAUUAUACAAUAAAUAGUACUGAUAUGAAAAUUUAAAUUUGGUA